GUGACGCUUUUUCAGAUGCAGCCAAAGAUAGUAAACGUGGUGUAUAUGAUAAACUAAGAGCAAAAUAUAUCUGCUUUUAUAAUGAUCUGUCUAUUACGAAGUCAUGGAGUGAAAAAUCAGAGAGAAUGAAGUCAAAACCAUAUCCUAAAAUGCCAAAAUUACAUAAUAGUGGAUUUAAAUAUCGGCCAGUUGAAAGAUGUGAAUUUAUUUGGAAAAAAGAGAAAGAGGCUCUAAAUUUGACUGCAGAAGUUGAAGAUCUUGAACAUCAAGUUCUUGAAAAUUUAGAAGCAAGCCAAAAGAAGUUGUAA